AUGCCACUUGUUGAAGCUGAUGAGAUUAGAAGCUUGACGGCGCGUAGAGAACGAAUAUUCGCCAGUGUUCAAUCAAUUUAUGAUUAUUCGAAAACGCUUACUUCUGCCAAUGUACAAUCAUUUUUACCCAGAUUUCAAAAAUUGGAUACUUAUGAGAAAAGUUUUGAUGACAUUCAAGCGGACAUUAUUGAAUUUAAUGCUGCUUUAACGGACCGUAAAAGUGAAAUUAAAGUCAAUGAUGUGCAAACAUCGUUUGAUACUCUGAUUUUUGAAGCUAGAGCUGCUUAUAUGCUGUUAAAAGGGCAACAGGAACCUGUGGCGCAAGCACCUUCGCCAAUUGUAACGCAAAUACAACUUCCUCAAUUGAAUAUCCCACGAUUUUCAAAUAAGAUGGCAGAUUGGCCUACAUUUUUCUCGCUUUUUGAAUCUUUGGUGCACAAUAAUAAUUUAUUGUCAGCAAUUCAAAAAUUUCAGUAUCUCAGAACUUUGUUAACCGAUGACGCCUUAGCAGUUAUUUCUGAAUACCAUUUGUCAGAGGAAAAUUAUUUGUUAGCUUUGACUGCAUUGAAGAAUCGUUAUCACAAUAAAAGGAGGUUAGCACAAAUGUAUAUUGAUAAUAUUUUAAAUUUCGGUAAAAUUGCGAAUGGAAACUCUGCCAACCUUCAUAAGUUUUUGAAAACUCAUACUAGUUCUGUUAAUGCAUUUAAGGCUUUAGGCAUAAACGAUCAACUUGAUUAUUUGCUUUUACAUUUAUCGUUACACAAUUUAGAUAAUAAAACUCGUAAAGUUUUUGAAAAUAAACACGCCUCUUCGUCAAUACCUAGUUAUCAGAAUUUAAUUGAUUUCAUAACCGAACAGUGUCGGACUAAUGAGUUGAUUGAUUCAGAUGCCAAAGAUUCUAAUUGUGGUCGAAAGCCUAGUACGUCGUUUUUUGCUCAAAAAACCGACCCAAAGUCUGAAGGUUCCAUUAAAAGUCAGCCUAAAAUAAUGAGAUGUCCAUGUUGUCAGCAAUCCCAUACCCUAUCUACUUGCAGCAAAUUUCAAGCUUUAGAGUUAGAAAAAAAAUAUGAUUUAGUACGCCGUUCUCAUUUGUGUUUUAAUUGUUUAGGCCCUCAUUUACGAACACUUUGUAAAUCAAUUAAAUCCUGUUCCAAGUGUAGGAGUAAUAAACAUCACAGUUUAUUACAUCCGGAAGGUAAAACGUUCGAAAGUAAAGCUGAGGCUACGGAAAGUAAGCCAGAAGUAACCCAGACUCCUCAAACGUCAGCUGUUGCCAUGCAAAACAACUCAUUUGCGUGUCAGGUAUCUAAAAAAGCGAAACCUAAACAAGUGUUAUUAGGUACGGCUGUCGUUUUAGUGCGUGAUACUUGUGGGCAGUUUCAGCCUGCCAGAGCGGUUCUGGAUUGUGGCUCUCAGGUGUCUGCCAUUACUUCAUCGUUAGUCCAAAGACUGGGUUUAAAGCCUUUCUACUCCUCUUGUGAAAUAGUUGGAAUUACUAAUGAACGUGCUAAGGUUUGUGGUGAAGUUAAUUGUGUAAUUGCUUCUAAUCGUAGCAAGCGUACUGUAUCGUUGUGUCCUGUCGUUUUAUCGUCGAUCGUUCAAUCCUUGCCUAGCGUGCCAUUGCCUGAGUUGAAAAAUAAAUUUCCUAACAUUUGCCUAGCCGAUGAAGAAUUUUAUCGUCCUGAAAAGGUUGAAAUGUUGUUAGGGUCUGAUGUUUAUCCGUUUUUGUUGGAACCUAAUUCUGACUCGUCAGUAAUUUUAGGGGAGCCUAGCCUACUUAAAACCAUUUUUGGAUACGUUGUAACCGGGCCCGUGGCCUCGGAUAGUGUAACUGGAAGUAGAACUUCUUUGUUAGCCUUAUCUCCUAGUCUUGAGUCCAUUCUUAAAAAAUUUUGGGAACAAGAAGAAGUUGCCUUGCCCAUUCUGGUAAACCCGGAAGAUGAAGCCGCUGAAAGUCAUUUUUGUAACACUUAUGAAAGAGAAGCCUCCGGGAGAUAUUCUGUCAGCCUGCCCUUCAUGGAUAAGAAUCAUGGAUUAAGAAAUCGUCCCGCUGCCUAUAAAUCUUAUUUAUCCUUAGAGAGAAAAUUAUCUCGAAAUGAGGAACUCAAAGUUUCCUAUAAUUCGUUCCUGCAGGACUAUUUAAGCCUUUCCCAUAUGAGCCCAGCUAAGUGCCCUAGUGACUACUUACUGCCACAUCAUUGUGUCACUAAAGUCGAUAGUUCCAGCACGAAGGUUCGAGUUGUUUUCAAUGCAUCUGCUCCGGGAUCUCUUGUUGACCGUAGCUUAAAUGACGUCCUGCUGCGAGGUCCGAAAUUGCAGAAAGCCUUGCCUAAUCUUAUAAAUCAAUUUCGAUUAUAUAAAUAUGCCCUAUGUGCCGACAUCAGAAUGAUGUAUCGCCAAAUUCUGGUUGAUAAAGCUGAUAGAAUUUAUCAGCAUAUAUUUUGGAGGCCUGAAGAGAAUUGCGAAAUUCUUGAAUAUGAAUUGAAUACUGUAACUUAUGGUUUGAAACCAGCCCCUUUCCUUGCCCAAAGAGUAUUAUUACAGUUAGUUAAAGAUGAAGGGAAAAAAUUUCCUCUGGCCAGUCCGGUUAUAGAAAACCAAACGUAUAUGGAUGAUAUCCUGGGGGGAGCAGACACUAUUGAACAAGCCCAGUUAUUGCAAAAGGAGUUAGUUGAAUUAUUAACUGCGGGAUGUUUCGAGCUUAGAAAGUGGUCCAGCAACAAUGAAUCUGUUUUGGAAGCUGUUCCUACUGAAUUUAGAGAACAAACGUUAUCUUUUGCGACCGAGGAUAAUAUUAUAAAAAUAUUAGGAUUAAUUUGGGAUCCUACCUCUGAUUGUUUUCAAUUUAAAAUUUCUCCAUUUAAAGAUAUAGUGACAAAACGAACAAUCCUUUCGUAUGUGGCCCGGGUUUUUGAUCCUUUAGGUUUCAUAUCUCCCGUUGUUCACUUUAUGAAAUGGUUUUUACAACAAUUAUGGCUUUCCCAACUAGACUGGGACACGCCGCUUGAAGGAAGUCUUGCAGAAGAAUGGAUUCAUUUUACAAAUGAUCUUAUGCAAGUUUCUGUAAUCAAAAUACCCCGAUUCAUAGGCUCUGCUAAUUGUGAGAAAAUGUUAGUAGGUUUUUGUGAUGCCAGUGAAAAGGGUGUCGCUGCUUGUCUUUACCUUGUAGUAAAAACCGAGUUAUCAGUACAAAGUUCGUUGAUUGCCUCAAAAACUAAAGUUGCCCCUUUAAAAUCUUUUCGUAUAAAUCGCCUUGAACUUUCAGGUGCACACUUAUUAACACGUUUAUUAAAAUCGCCCGAAAUGGGUUUAAAUAAUUUAAAACUCCAUCGAAUUAAAUUAUAUACGGACUCGAAAACCGUAUUAUGUUGGCUAAAAACCCCUCCCUAUUUAUUAAAUACAUAUGUAGCUAACCGAGUCUCGGAUAUAUUAGGGGAUACUUCGCCUACUGAUUGGGGACAUGUUAAAUCUGAAGAUAACCCCGCUGAUUGUGCAUCAAGAGGUCUGAAAAUGUCCACUUACGGAGCAAACUUUGGCGGUUUAUGGGAAGCCGUUGUAAAAUCAACCAAAACUUUACUGAAGCGAAUAAUAGGAGACACCAUCUUAACAUUUGAAGAAUAUUCUACUUUGUUUAUUCGAAUUGAGGCUGUUUUAAAUAGUCGCCCUCUUUGUCGUUUAAGUGAGGAUCCUGAUGGUACAGAUUAUCUGACCCCUGGACAUUUUAUUACGGGAGCUCCGUUAUUAGCUACCCCUGAAAUACCAAUUCCUGAAAACUGUACUCCUAAAUUGAGAUGGGGUAAAGUCCAAUUAAUGGCCCAAGCGUUUUGGAAGCAUAAAAGUUAA